AUGGAGAAUGUAGUACUCCUGUGGUAUCAUAAUUCAGCAGAUAAUGACAUUCCAUCGACAUUAAUCGUAAAUCAGAUUCAAGAACGAUCUUUUACACAGGAACAUUGCAUACUUACAGUUCAACGAUUUACAACUAUGCACAAACUACGUGGAUUCCAUUCCAAAGAAGAAAAUCUUUUUAGUACUAUGGAUCUCAAUAUCAUCGACUGA